AUGCGUGGUGUGGAGGCGCUAAGCAUCUGCGUCAGCGCGCUGAUCCCGGAAGGCGGUGGGUGCAAGCCUCGCCGGGACCUCCCAGCGGUGAACGCGGGGAGCCGCGGAGCCGGGGCGCCAGGCCGCGGCCUCUCCCCGGACGCUGAUGGGCGGCGCGUGCAGUCGUGGGAAUGCCGCCGUGAGCAAAACUCCCGAACUCACCGAUCCCCUUUUGUGGACCUGACUGGAUAAGUGACCUAUGGAGAUGUGGCCAUAGACUUCUCCCAGGAGGAGUGGAAAUGGCUCCAGCCUGCUCUGAGAGAUUUCUAUAGAUGUGUAAUGUUGGCAAACUAUGGCCAUCUUGUUUCACUGGUGGGUCUUUCCAUUUCUAAGCCAAAUGUCCUGUUCUUAUUGGAACAAGGCCAAGAGCCCUGGCUGGGGGAAGGAGAAAUGAACCGGGAUCUCUUUUCAGUGUUAAAUGGUGAGAUCAUUUUUUCUCCAAAAAAUGUCACUUAUGAAGAUGAUUCAUCUCAGUAUUUAAUAACAGAAAGACUUGUAAGCCAAAAUCCCACGUGUUCCAGCUUGAAAAGAAACUGGCAAUUUCAGGAUGGCACUGAGAUGCUGCCUAGGAAUCAAGGUUUUAUCAGGCAAAUGGUAUCAGGCAAGACUCAUCAAGAAGCUUUCACUCAGCAUAUGAGCAUGGCUGUAGUCAAGAGGCACUAUGGGUGCCAAGAAUGUGGAAAAAUGUUCAGUCGUCGUUUUUCCCUUGUAUUACACCAGAGAACUCAUACUGGAGAGAAACCAUACAUAUGUAGGGAAUGUGGCAAAACCUUUAGCCAGAUCUCAAACCUUGUGAAACAUCAGAAUAAGAAACCUCAAGAGUUUAAAGACUGUAAUAAAAGAUUCUGUUACCUUUCCUUCCUUAUUGAACACCAGAGAACAUACACUGGGGAAAAACCUUAUGGAUGUACAGAGUGUGGAAAGGCCUUUAGCCACCUCACCUGACAUCAGAGAAUUCACAUAGGAAAGAAACAUUAUGUUUGUAGGAAAUGUGGAAAAGCCUUUAACAGUGGUUCAGAACUCAUUCACCACCAGAUUACACAUACUGAGGAGAAGCCCUAUGAAUGCAUUGAGUGUGGGAAAGCAUUUCGACAUUCUUCACACCUUACUCAACAUCAGAGUAUCCAUACAACCAAAAUCCCUUAUGAGUGUCAUGAGUGUAGGAAAGCUUUCUGUUGCCACUCAUUCCUUUUUAAACAUCAGCAAAUUCAUGCUGGAGAAAAGCUCUAUGAAUGUGAUGAGUGUGGGAAAGUGUUCAGCUGGCAAGCAUCCCUUAUUCAACAUAUGAAAGUUCAUAUGGGAGAGAAACUUUAUGCAUGUGCUGAAUGUGAUAAAGCCUUCAAUAGAAGCUUUUCUCUCAUUCUACAUAAGAUAACUCACACUGGAGAAAAGCCCUAUGUAUGUAAAGUGUGCAACAGAUCAUUUAGCUGGAGCUCAAACCUUGCACAUCAGAGAAUACAUACCUUAGAGAACACCUAUGAAUAUGAAAAUUCACUUAGCUAUGACUCAUUUCUAUCUGAACACCAGAGAAUCACACUCUAA